GGGGGAGACCAGAUAUAGUGAAUGCAGGGUUUGGGGAGACCAGAUAUAGUGAAUAUGGGGUUCGGGGAGACCAGAUAUAGUGAAUGCAGGGUCCUGAGAAACCAGAUAUAGUGAAUGCAGGGUCCGGGGAGACCAGAUAUAGUGAAUGCAGGACCCGGGGAGACCAGAUAUAGUGAAUGCAGGACCCGGGAGACCGGAUAUAGUGAAUGCCGGGUCCGGGGAGAGCGGAUAUAGUGAAUGCAGGGGUCCUGGGAGACCAGAUAUAGUGAAUGCAGGGUCCGGGGAGAGCAGAUAUAGUGAAUGCCGGGUCCGGGGA